CGCAAGUCGGAUUUUUAUGCUUUUCAGUGGCAAACUGACAAUGGAAGGGAGAAUUGGGACUAUUGUCGCAGUACUUAUAACAUUUUACAUCCAAUGUUAUUUUUGUGACGAUACUGCAGACGACAUUGUCAGCAUGGAUGUAGACAGCGAUCUGAAAAUGGUUCCGUUCUCUCUGACCGCGCGGCCGUUUGGGAUACAGCCAAUUCAAGUAGACGCGGGGGUCGCAGCGACACUGACUGAUUCAAAGUAUGACCACUUCAAAAAACUUACGGGAAAACAACAUUCACAUCUGUCAGCGGUUUGUAGCAAACGUUUAUCUGAUGGUGGCUGGGGUUACUAUCCGUUCCCUGGAUCAUGUAACCAAUACAUCCACUGUGACAAGGACGGAAAUGGAUUCCUGGAGACAUGCGCAGUAGGGACGUUCUUCAACGGACAAAAAUGUGUGAAAGCAGAAGAUGUUCUUUGUCAUUUCGACCCUUGUCGGAGAUUGCCGACAGGUCGCCAGUACUCGGAUGGUCAGACCUGUUUCGGUUACUACAAGUGCUUGAAGGGUCAGUCAGUAUCUGGAAUAUGUCCCAGUGGAUUUGCCUUCAACGCUAUGAAACAAGGCUGUCUGCCAGACUCUACCUGUAUUCAACCGUCGGGAAUUAUGCAUCCUUGCUUUGCCGGGACUACAAUGCCGUUUCCAGGACAGCCGCAUCUGUUUUAUCUCUGGGACGGUCAUGACAGUGUAACAGCUAUGGAGUGUCCACGUGGUCUCUGGUAUAACCCCCAUGUGUGCACGUGUGAUUGGGUCAUUCCAGGAGAAACAUUUGACGGUGGCAUGGGCGAAGGGUGUACGUCGAUGUUCCAUUUUGGAUACAGUGGUAACUUUCUGGAGGAGUACAACAAGGCACCUCAGGCUCCAAACACAGCGGUCUCUAUAUACAAGAAAUCGGCACUCUUCAGUAAAGGAGGUCGUAUAGUUAUAUGGAUGAUGAACGACAUUGACAUGGACAGUGAGUGGGCGCUAUGUUUUGAAUUUAUGACCCAGUCUUACGGUGGUGAGGUGGCACUCGUAUCAAACGAUUGGAAGAAAGUCUCAUUUACCUACAAGAUAACACAUAUACCCGGCAAAAAUCUCGUCGUCGGUUACUUCAGAAUGAAGGACGGAACAAUCGCAGAACUCAUAGUGAUGGGCGUGAAGCCAAAUAUUCCACAUUUUCUGCGAGUGGCAAAACUUGGAGCAAUCAUGAAAAUGCGUAUUGAUAACAUGCCAGCUGCAACUGUUGCUAUAGGUGCUGGUGUUGCCUCCGCCACUACGCCAAUGGUGAUAGGAGCAGCUCGUGGUUGCCAUGGCUUCAAAGGAUUCUUUGAUGAGCUGAAGUUUUUCCGAUGUGUACCGGCAACAUUUUUCAAAGACUAUAAGGGACUGAUGUAAAGUGGUUCAUGAAAGAAUGCCCGGACUAUUUGUGCGGAUGUAUAUUAACUGACAAAAUCAUGUGCUUUUGCUUCGUUUUCUGGAUUUUGAUAAUUUAUAUUUAUUGUUUUCAGUGAUUUUAAUAUAUCAAAAUGUUAUUGAAAUGAAUAAGGUACAAAUGGAGGUACCAAAAGAUAGUGCAUGUUUUUUAAACAGACAUACCCGGUCCAAACAAUCUAUAUUGCCACACAGUUUCGGUAAAAUAUGUACAAAAAAGACUAAGGGCAAAUUAAGUUCAAUAUGAAAUUUGACAUUAAUUUCGUUAAGUCUAAACCUAAAUACCAACUAAUACCGCGACAUAUAUGCUAGAAAGUGGAGAGUUUUGCGAGGUUCGUCAAAUCUCACAUGAUACUGGAGAUUGAUCACGCGUUAUUUGUCUUGUAUUACGUUUUUUGGGGAACGGUAAUCUUGGGUGCUUUAAGCAUUUCGGUAAUUCUAGCAGUAUCCAGAGGGACUGUCUCAAUAUGUUUACAGAGUGCACAUAGUGCCUUUUUGGUAUAUUCUUAUAAGGUGACGUUACUUUUUCGUAGCUACCCUGUGUACGAUAUGUCUCAAGGUAUUUGAGGCCAUGUGCAUCUUGUACAAAAGUGCGAGAACAUCUUUCAAUUUUGAAUAUUAACUUUCAGUUACCCAGUAAGACUUGUACACAAUUUUAGCUUUAAAAAAUUCGAGCGUUUCCCCCUCAAUUUAUGUACAUAGUAGAUAGGCUAUUUAUUCAAACUGUCUCGGUUAUCCACUUUAAUUAUUAUUUAUAUAAUUCUUGUCUUAUUUAUUUACUUAGAAAAUAGACUCAAAACUACAAAAGCAACGUGUAUCACUGUACUAAAAGUCAUUUAUAUGUAUAAUGGUUGUAUGGCAUCUUAGAUACUUAAACUGUUUGACAUAACCUAUAUUUUAUCAUUUAGUGUGAGACUAGGUUGAUAGACCUAAAGCGGCACAGAUAACUAUUACAUGUUUUUUACAUUUAAAAAUUGUGGCAAUGUCUGCUGGGUUUUGCACACAUGUUGAUUUAUAAAAUUAAACAUGCAAAAACAAACCACAUAGAAUUUUUAUUCUUGCCAUACUUUUAGUACAAUUUGGCAGCUUUCAUCAACUUUUCUUAGUUUGCGAUAAUUUGGUGAUGUACAGUCAACCUGCACAUACUUUGAGAUAAUGUGGCGCUUUUCGUGUUGUACGAUGAUAUGGUGAUAACAUUGAUUGACCACUUACUUCUCAUUUUUUGCGACGAUUCGCUUUCAAUUUCAUUGACCUGCAUAAUUUCAUACAUUGGGUAAUUUCACAUUUAACUCUUAAAAAUAAUUUACAAUUUAUUUCACUGAUUUACCUGCAUACUUUUCCAUUGCUUUUUUAAGGCAUGGACACAAUACUAGCUUUCGUUUUUUGUAUCAAAAAUACAUAUAUUUUAUCUAGAAUAACAUGUCGUUCUAUAUAAAAGUUAAAGAUAAGGAUCGUCCCUAAUGUUUUUAAAACUUGUGAUCAGACCUUCGUGUAUAAUGUUGUAUGCUUAUUGUAGCUUGAAUGUAUCUGUUAUUAUGUGUACAAUUAUAUACAAUAAAAUAUGGUUUUGAAAGACAGGUGUUCACACUAAAACCCUUUUUAAACGUCCUUAACCUAUACUUUCUUUUUAA